AUGGACAGUGCUGCUGCCCCCGAUCGGCUGUACGUGGUCAAGCAGGGUGAAGACUGGCAGGUAAAAAGAGAGCAGGAUCUCAAGGUCGGGGAUCUCUGCAUGACUUUGACCGGCGCAAUUGCGCCAGUUGUGUCCAUCAGGGCUGGACACGCCAGUGCUCGUGUCGUUGCAACAACCAGCGACGGCACCAAAAGAACUUUUUAUGAAGAUGAGAUGGUGCGCCUGCAGGGAGGCGACGGUGGUGGAGCGCGCAGAACUUCUCGAAUCCUUCCGAAAGCGAUGGAGGACCAGCACAGGACACCGGAGCGGCGCGCCCCCGCAAGCCCAUCUGUGGCACCCGGAUCCAGCCAACGGUCCCCCUCGACGAUGCCACCGCCAUCGAUGCCGCCGCCCAGCUCCACGCUCGUCUCGACGCAGCCGCUGCCCAGCUCGACGAUGACGCACCUCUCGACACAGCCCCCCAGCACCACCCAGGCCCCUCUGGAGAGCGUCCAGCCGGGCAUCUUGCCUGAUUGCGAGGAGGCAGAAAAGUGGGCAUGUCGAACGGGUCAGGGUGCAGUUGCCGGCACCAUCGUCUGCUCCUCGCUUCGGAUUGCCCACUGGGCUGCCAUUUGCUACGCUGGCUUUCGAGCUGGCCUCAAGCAGUCCGAAGUGCGGGAGAUGACUGGUAGGUCUAGCACCGUCCGUCGAGCCAGAUUCCAUUGGGAAUGGCCUGCUGGUCGCUUGCCAGUGCCUAAGCACGGGUCGCUGGAGGCCAUCAUGGACGCCAAGGAUGAGCGCACGGGCACGGCAGACUUGCCUCGCUUGGCCACUCUGGAGAUCACGCCAGAUGGCCAUGCUCAUCCUAGCCUGGAAGUGCAAUGGCCUUGCCUUGCUCACGUCCGCGUGCAUGGCAGUGGUGCAAAGGUCUGGUUCAGUGUUGUCGCUCACCAGCAGCACAGGUCCGUCGCCUUUGUGCACACGGAUGCCUUGCCCAGAGGAGGCGCAGCACCACCACCAGCAGCAGCAGCAGCAGCAGCAGCAGCAGCAGCAAUCAGCAAGGCGUCGCUAGCUCAUGCGAUGGAGGUUUCGGCGCAGCAACUGGAAGACUACACUGGCCGUCAGCUACCCAGGGUACAGCCAGUGGACUUGCCUCGGGAAGGCAGCAUCACCACGCCCGGAGAGGAGGUCGCUACCUUUUUGCUGGGCUUGGGUCUACCGAGCAAGCUCUACAACCCUAGAGCAGACGGUCACUGUGGCUUCCGAGGCGUCGCCAGGGCAGUCUUUGGUCAGGAGGAUUCGUACAUGCUGGUUCGACAACGCUGUCGCCAAGUUGUGCUGGAGCUGCCCAAGCUCUGGCAGAACAUGUACGCCUCCUUGCUCGACGACCGUUCGGACGACACUCGCCAGUUGCUGUGGCAGAAGAAGCACGACAAGAGCAACAACGAUCAGUGGGGCUGGUUCGAGGCGCACAGCCACGCUCUGCUUGUGGCUGCUGCCUUCGAUAGCCUUGUCCUGACGAUCUUGCCUCCUGUCGCCUUUCCUCCGCCUCCGCCUCCCGCCACCCGUGCUGCCCCCUCUGCAGCAUCGAACAGCUCCUCGAUCAAGAUCACCAUGGUCAACGAAGCUCAGCCUCGCACCGUCAUGGAGAGGACGGCCUACCUCUCCUGGCCACUCACGGUGCGGGCUUCGAUCAGCAAAAGGGUCAUUUGCCUUGUCCUGAUCGGCGACCACUUUAUGCUGGCAGAGGGUGUGCAGGGCUUCUCGCUGGAUUCCUUCUUGGAGAACCCCUUGGCCGCUUUUGUGACUGCCCACGCAGAGUCUCUGGCACAGACUAUACCGUCGGUCAUGAGAGCAAAGGUGGCGCGAGAAGAAUGGCUGGCCUGGCAUCGUCGCGGGGAUUGA